CUUGUUGGAAGCGAAGAUAAUUAAAAAAAAAAAAAAAAAAAAUUUGACUGUAAACUGCCCUGGUGAUGCUGAUAGUACCGUUGAUAAAACCGCUUUUGAUAUGGCAAACACAAGCUUGCAGCAUGUAACUGUUGUGGCGGAUGAUGUUUAAAAAUCAAAAUCAUAAAACAACACCUGCUCUUUGUCCAUGCAUGGUUGGGGUGUGGUACUGUUUCGUCUGAGUUUGGAAAAAAAUAAAAAAAAACUAGUUGAAAAAAUCUCGAACAAGAAUUGGCCAAAAAAUAUCAGCAGUAAUGACAAGUCCAUGGAGUAAUCAUGAAGAAGUUGGAAAUGCCUUGAUUGAAGGUUUUGUUUUGUUAUAUGGAGAAACAAAGGAAAGCACACUUGCAAAAUUGAGGUAUAAUAAAUACAUCGAUUUACCAUGCAAGGGUAUAAUAUCGCCAGAGAAAUUUCCACCUACUGAUAACGCUGCUUACUUCCAUGGCCUGCGUGCGCAUUGUCAAAUAUUGUUAUGGCCACUAAUUAAUGACAUUGAACUAGAUGCAACUGAAUGGGGCUGGAAGCAACAUGACAGAGUAAUCACACCUAUAAUGAACGAGAAAGGCAAUGCGCCAGAAGCACUAAUACAGGUCAUUAGAUGUAAUUGCAAGGUUUGUUUUGAAAUUAAUGUAUUUUUUCAAACUCCUUGAAAAGAUCUUACAAAAAUAUAUCUAUAUAAUUUAAACUUAGAUAUUUUUUAUUUCUAACUACAACAAUUUCUAUUUUUGCUAAUCAUUAAUACAACAACAAAAAAUCCAUGUGGUAGCAAAGCAUGUAUGUGCAAGCAAUACGGAAUACGGUGCUUGCAAUUUUGUAGGAAAUGUUGUGGAACAGAAUGUAUGAAUAGCAAAGUAAAUUUUAACAAUGAAAAUUAGAAAUGUGUUUUCUGAUCAUCUUUAUUAUCGCAUAUAAAUAUUUAUACAAAAUAUCAGUUGUAUAUUUGCUUAUCUAUUUCCUGUAGGGCAAUGAAAUUGAAGAAGAAAACGAAAUGGAAAAUUAUGAAGAUGACAAUAAGAACAUGUUAUGUUUUCCUGAUUUCUAAAUCCAGAAAUAUAAUUAAAGAAAAAACAAUGAUUUAAUU